GAUGUACUGUAUACACUCAGUAUACUGGGGCCAAUCUGAAAACAGAUCUCCCAAGGUUAAUCAUAAGUGGGUAGAUGGAACAUAAAAUGCCCCCUGUUACCCCACCGGGCAAUGAGGGGCUCAAAGCAGCAAUGGCUUCCAAGCAAUCAUGUCUUGAGGAGGACCUCUCCUGUCCCAUCUGUGGAAGUAUCCUUCAAAAGCCUGUAGUGCUGUUCUGCAGACAUCGUUUCUGUAAACAUUGUCUGGAGAGCCUCUGGAAUGGUGGGGGAACGUGUGAAUGCCCUCUUUGCUGCCAGCCAUCGUCUAUGGGGGAGCUCUUGGUCAACAAAAUGCUAGAGAAGACCUGUGAGGGUUUUCUGAAAGAACGCUGCAAAAAUGACCCAAUUGCAUGCAAGGAGCAUGGUGAGAAAUUGACUCUCUUCUGUUUGGAGGACCUGGAACCCACUUGUAGCAAAUGCAAGUCAUUGAGCAACCACAAGGGUCACCGGUUGUACCCUUUAUAUGAAGCCUCACAAGACUGUAAGGAGGAACUCAAAAAUGCAUUAAAACCACUGAAGGACAAGCUGAAGCUCUUCCAAAAAGCCAAACUGACUUGCGAGCAAAUAGCAGAACAUAUUAAGAGUCAGGCAGAGCAUACUGAGAGGCAGAUACGAGAGGAGUUUGAGGCGAUGCAACAGUUCCUACGAGAUGAGGAAGCAUCCCGGCUUUCCAUGCUAAAGCAAGAGAAGAUGCAGAAGAGCCAGAUCAUGAAUGACAAGAUUGAAAAUUUGGAAAAUGACAUCACAUCUCUAACCAACACUGUAAAGACUGUUGAACAGGAGAUGAGAUCUCAGGACAUCCCAUUUCUCAAGAAUUACAAAGACACUAUUAAGAGGACAUGGCGUAUUCCCCAGGAUCCAGAGAUGGUAAUAGGUUCUCUGCUUGAUGUAGCUAAACACCUGGGCUCAUUAAAGUUUCAAAUCUGGGAGAGAAUGCAGGAAAUCAUUCAAUAUACUCCUGUAACCCUCGACCCAAACACAGCUGCAAGCUGCUUCCUCCUGUCAGAAGAUCUGACUACAUUACAGUGGUGUUCUGAGACCUUUAAACUUCCAGACAACCCUGAGCGCUUUGACAUAGGUGCAGAGAUGCUGGGCAGUGAGGGCUUCAGAUCUGGCCGACACAGCUGGGAUGUGGAGGUAAAAAACAACACCUACUGGGUCAUUGGAGUUGCAAGUGCAUCCAUCAACCGGAAGGGAAAGCACGUGCUGACCCCUGCAGAGGGAUUCUGGACCAUUCGACUGCGUAACGGGGAGUAUAAAGCCUGUACUGCCCCAUGGUCACCACUUACUAUGAAUAAGGAGCCGCUGGUGGUAGUGCGAGUUGUAUUAGACAUGGACAGGUCCAAGGUCACUUUCUACAACCCGCGAGAGAGGACAGCUCUAUUCACCUUCACAGACAUCAUCGCUCAGAGAGCAUUCCCUUAUUUCUGCAGUGCCUGCAAGGAGCACCCAUUAAAAGUGUUACCAGGGAGGCUGUCUGUUACGGUAGACUGAUAGGACUGCAAAGAAUGUCUCUCUCAGCAUUUCUAUCCCAAGACCGUCCCUCUCAUGUUACAUGUGUUGCGUGUGGGAGAGGUAGACAGAAAUAACCAUUUAGUUCCACUUGCUUUGGUUUUGCAAAAUCUGAUACACAGUACUGUGCAAAAGUUUUAGGCACUUAAGAUGUUUCACAAAAACAUUUGUCAUGAUUAUUUAUAUCUUCAGUUUUAGUGUGUCAAUAGGAAAAAUACAUUUUAGACUCCCAAACAUUACUUUUACAAAUUGAAAAGAUUAGAAUGGAAGAAAAGGGCGCUCUGCAAGAGAUGGCAUUGCCCCCACAAAGCCCCCCACUGAACAUCAAGUCAAUCUGGGAUUACAUAAAGAGACAGAAGCAACUGAGACAGCCUAAAUAGAUAGAAGAACUGUGGUGAAUUCUCCAAGAAGCUUGAUACAUCCUAUCUGCCAAAGACAUCCUCACAAUGCAACAUUUUUCACAAGUGCCUAAAACUUUUGCACUGUAAUAUAUCUGGAUGACAGGAAGAAUUUCACGAAAAUGGUCAAGCAAUAUCAGUCAUAUUAACCCCAAAACAAAUAAAAUAAAAAUUAGUUUUGAAAAAAAUAAAAUAAAAUACAGUACGUAUAUCAAGCAGUUAAGCAAAAUUCUUCCAUUAAAAAGGUUUUUUUGUUUUAGAAACAAAAUUGUUCAAACCUUUAAUAGUGCAAAUAAAUGUACAAAAUACAUUUGUAAAGUACUAUUUCUAUACAAUAAGUAUAACGCUAUAUAGAAGUGUACUUCAAAUAUAAAUCAUGGUAGCAUUUGUUGACUUACAUUUAUAAUAUAGCAUAUAAUAUAUUUGUAAUAUAUUUACAGCAUUUCUUAAACUAAAUGAAGUUUCCAGAUAUGUGAGUGUGUAUACACCGAUCAGCCACACCAUUAAAACCACCUGCCUAAUAUUGUGUAGGUCCCCUUCGUGCCGCCAAAACAGUGCCAACCCGCAUCUAAGAAUAGCAUUCUGAGAUGCUAUUCUUCUCACCACAAUUGUACAGAGAGAGGUACAAUUGUUGAUGAGUGGUCAACAGAGAAUGGCCAGACUGGUUCGAUCUGACAAAGUCUACGGUAACUCAGGUAACUGCUCUGUAGAAUUCUGAGAUGCGGGUUGGCGCUGUUUUGGCGACACGAGGGGGACCUAUAAAAUAUUAGGCAGGUGGUUUUAAUGUUGUGGCUGAUCAACAUGACACACACACACACACACACACACACACACACACACACACACACACACACA